AUGUUGUGACAUUUCGCUUGCACCAUCGUUUGAUGCGAAAAAAGACUGGAGGUUUGUGGUUUAGCGGUGCACAAUUUCUGUAAAAACGCACAACCAUUUGUGUGUGUUUAACUAGGUUUUUUGGACCAAACAUUGGUAAUCUCUGUCGAGUGAGUAAGACUACAGUACACUUUGCAAAAUGCCGCGGAUAAUGAUUAAAGGAGGUGUUUGGCGGAACACCGAGGAUGAAAUCCUCAAAGCCGCUGUCAUGAAAUAUGGCAAAAAUCAAUGGUCCCGUAUUGCCUCGCUGUUGCAUCGUAAGUCGGCCAAACAGUGUAAAGCCCGUUGGUAUGAGUGGUUGGAUCCAAGCAUUAAGAAAACGGAAUGGUCUCGCGAAGAAGACGAAAAGUUGCUGCAUCUUGCCAAGCUGAUGCCGACGCAAUGGCGUACGAUUGCACCGAUUAUCGGCCGUACGGCUGCGCAAUGUUUGGAGCGGUACGAAUAUCUGUUGGAUCAAGCACAACGGAAGGAGGAAGGCGAGGAUGGUAUGGAUGAUCCGCGAAAGCUUAAACCCGGUGAGAUAGAUCCGAAUCCCGAGACGAAGCCCGCACGGCCCGAUCCGAAGGACAUGGAUGAGGAUGAGCUGGAAAUGCUCUCGGAGGCUCGUGCACGUUUGGCCAAUACGCAAGGCAAGAAGGCAAAACGUAAGGCACGCGAGAAGCAGCUCGAGGAAGCUCGCCGACUAGCCGCCUUGCAGAAACGUCGUGAACUCCGGGCUGCCGGUAUCGGUGUAGGCAACAGGAAGCGCAAGCUGAAAGGAAUUGAUUACAAUUCGGAAAUACCGUUCGAGAAAACACCGGCCCCGGGAUUUUACGAUACAACGGAUGAAUUUGUGGUACCGAUAGCGGCCGAUUUUUCCAGCCUGCGUCAACAGACGCUUGAUGGAGAGUUGCGCGUAGAAAAGGAAGCGCGCGAGCGGAAGAAGGACAAGGAAAAAUUGAAACAGCGAAAGGAAAACGAUAUCCCAACAGCGUUGCUAAAAAAUCAGGAACCGGCCAAAAAGCGAUCGAAGCUAGUUCUUCCAGAACCACAAAUUUCCGAUCAGGAAUUGCAGCAAGUCGUAAAACUGGGUCGUGCGAGCGAAAUUGCGAAGGAGGUGGCCUCUGAAAGCGGUGUUGAAACAACCGAUGCACUGUUAGCGGAUUACAGCAUCACGCCACAGGUAGCUGCAACCCCGCGGACUCCUGCCCCGGUUACUGACCGUAUUCUGCAGGAAGCUCAAAAUAUGAUGGCACUCACUCACGUAGACACACCCCUAAAAGGUGGUGUCAACACACCGCUACAUCAGUCUGAUUUUUCGGGUGUGCUACCACAAAGCCAAGCAGUAGCGACUCCCAAUACCGUGCUGGCUACUCCGUUCCGUUCAAUUCGCGGACCGGAUGGAAGUGCAACGCCGGGUGGAUUUUUAACACCAGCUUCUGGUGCGAUGGUUCCCGUAGGCUCGGGCACGCAACCACACGUGCCCGGAGCAACUCCGAAUUUCCUGCGCGAUAAGCUAAACAUCAACACAGAAGAUGGUUUGAGUGUGGCGGAAACGCCUGCCGCCUAUAAGUCCUACCAAAAACAGCUAAAGUCCUCGCUAAAGGAAGGACUAGCUUCGCUUCCGACACCCCGAAACGAUUACGAAAUCGUCGUGCCCGAUAACGAAACGGACGAGGCUGCCGAUGACGGAUCGAUGGAUGUGGAUCAAAUCGUGCCGGAUCAAGCGGACGUGGACGAGAAACGCAAACGCAACAAGCUUGCCCAGGAAGCGAAGGAACUUUCGCUACGCUCGCAGGUUAUUCAACGAGACUUGCCACGUCCGCUCGAAAUCAAUACAACAGUGCUGCGCCCGUCAAACGAAAUGCACGGAUUAACGGAUCUACAGAAGGCGGAAGAGUUGGUCAAACAGGAGAUGGUAAAAAUGCUCAACUACGAUGCGCUCCGUAAUCCAAUUCAGCAAGCGCAACCAUCCUCAAUAAAGCGCCCAAUGCUCGCCCAAUAUCAGGCAUAUCUGGAACAGCACCCGUACGAAAAUAUCGACGAAACGGAGUUGGCUGAAGCGCGCAAAAUGCUCACAGCCGAAAUGGGAGUGGUAAAGCAGGGUAUGGCUCACGGAGAUCUAUCAUUGGAAAGCUACACACAAGUGUGGCAGGAAUGUUUGUCCCAGGUACUGUAUCUACCGAGCCAGAACCGAUACACACGUGCCAAUUUAGCCAGCAAAAAGGACCGCAUAGAAUCUGCCGAAAAGCGUCUCGAAAUCAACCGGAAGCAUAUGGCCAAGGAAGCGAAGCGUUGUGGCAAGAUUGAGAAAAAGCUUAAAAUUCUUACCGCCGGGUAUCAAGCACGUGCCCAAGCAUUGAUAAAACAGUUCCAGGAGACGAACGAGCAGAUUGAACAAAGCUUAUUGGCGCUAUCAACGUUCCAGUUUUUGGCUGCACAGGAAGAUCUGGCCAUACCUAAGCGUUUGGAAUCAUUAACGGACGAUGUUAUGCGACAGACGGAGCGUGAAAAAGCGCUACAAACGCGUUACGCUCAGUUCAUCGAAGAGCUGGAAGAGCUUAAUCGUAUGAUGGAAGCUGCUACCGCUAAUGGAGUCGCGUAUGGUAAGGAUAAUGAGCAGGCGGCACAAAUGAAUGGUCGGCAUGAACCUAUGGAGGAAGAAGAAAGAGAUGAUAGUAGCGUAGGAGCGAACGGUGAGAAUUCCAGAAACGGUCCCGAGGAGGAACACGAGGAUGUAUCCAAAGAGUCAGUUAACUCGGCCGCGAAACUUACGCGCGAACAAGAGAAUGUAGAGAAUGACGGUGGUCAAAGUUCCGAUGCGGAAGAUCAGCCCGAUGAGCAGGAAGGAAAUGCACAAGAAAGCGAUAGUGAGGAAGAUGCAGAAAACUCCUCAGAAUAUCCCGAACCGGAGGAGCAGCAACAAGAGGACGAACGAAUGGAGGAAGAUGAAGAUGAGGAGACUAGUGACGAUUAAGGAAAUAAGAUAGAUACGAGUAUAGUGGGGCAUUGUCCGAAACGGUCCAGUAGAAUAGUCGUUGAGGCAGAAUGCUUCCGAUUUGGAAUGGAAAUCUUCAUUGGAUUCAACAAAUAAUAGUUAGAACAGGAAAGGAUUGACAACUAUUGCAAGGAUAUAAAUAUUUAGUAAUAAGAUACAAUCUAGUAAUAAGAAUAUGAAGCUACGCGCAAUUCAAGACAAAUAUCCAACAAUUGGAGCGUAUUUUGAUUCGAAUUUUCAUGCAUUUUCCCAAACCAAUAAACAAUCGAUGGCAGCACUGGAGCCAACAGCUGUUUUGACGUUGUCAGAAA